UUAUAGAUCGAGAUGUGUAUACAAGAUAUCCAUUAUAGAUCGAGGUGUGUGUGUAUAUAUAUACAGUGUGUGUGUGUGUGUGUGUGUGUAUGAAUAUAUAUAUAUAUGUGUAUGAUAUAUAUAUAUAUAUAUAUAUAUGUGUAUGAUAUAUAUAUAUGUGUAUAUAUAUAUAUGUGUAUGAUAUAUAUAUAUAUAUAUAUAUAUAUAUAUAUAUGUGUGUGUGUGUAUGAUAUAUAUAUAUAUAUAUAUAUAUAUAUAUAUAUAUAUAUACACACACACACACACACACACACACACACACAUCUCGAUCUAUAAUGAAUAUCUUGUAUAUAUCUUUAUCUGUGCGGAUAUCUAUUCAAAAAGAGAAGAGUGGAAAUCGGGAGUGAAUGAAAGGUGAUUUAAAGUAUGUUGCCUUUUCGAGUGAAACCAUUUUCAAGCUUAAUUAUUGCUGCAAAGAACUUUGAACUGAAAGUUUACUUUUUAGUACUUCAAAAAUUAAAAAGGUUUUGAUAGAACACCCUCUCACACCAAAUUAUUCAAAUACCAAAUAUAAGUGAAUAAUGAAAACCAUUAUACAAUAAUGGGUAGUGAUGUUAGCCACUAAGCUGUGUUAUGUUUAAUAACUUUUCGUUGGUUAGUCUUUGAAAAUGCCCUGUAGUGGUAGAGCUAGAACUCAAAUGGGUUCCAUGUUCAGCAUUAAUGUAAUAUAAUCAAAAAAUACAAUAGAGGAGAUACCAUACACAGUAUAAUGUUCUUGGUAAACACCUAAUGUAUUUGUGGGAUUCCAAAAAAGAAAUCAGAGGUAAAAUAGGGUGUGGUAUCCUCAAUAACAUAAAGCUUUUAAUAAAGAGUUGAUACAAAGCUGUCUAAGUGUAGUGAUAUACUCUCUUAAAUAAAAAGAUCAAACUUAAAAGCUUUGAAGCAUGGACUAAGAGGAGAAUCCUAUUGAGAGUGUAAUUAAUCUAUCUCUUGAAAGUGAUACGAGUAGCUCAUGGGUAUUGUUGAAAUAUAGCAGCAUGAGUAGCAAAAUCGAAAGGGGGAGUGAACACGAAGCGGUGAGAACACAGGGAACGGCCCCUAUCGAUGUUAUCUAUUACCCUUCUGUGCCUUCGUGGGCACCCCUUAAUAAAAGCUAAUUUACUCUUAAUGGAUACUCUCCUCCCCACAGCAAUAAGGAAUACAGCAUGUACUAGUGACCCUAAGGUAAGUCCGAUAAGCGGUGAAUAACUUGUAAGAGUAUUGUUCUUACAUUACUAAACCUAAUCAUUUGGACAAUAAAUUGAAUUUGAUCGGUCUGAGUUUUUGAUAUGAGCAUAUGUCUAAUAAACUUCAAUAUGCUCGGUUAAGGAUAAACCUUGGAGUAUAGUUUUGAGACGGUUGAUAAGGUACUUUAGAAUUUGCGCAUCACUGGCUAAUCGGAGGUAAACAGGGUCUGCCGAGGAGUCCUUUUUUAAAAGGGGUGAGUGCCUUCCUCAUUGGUUCUUGUUGUAUUUCAAGACCACCAAACUACUAUUGGAUACUAAGUUACUAGAUGUCCAGAAUUGUUGAAUAAUUUGCAAAAGAUGAAUGGGAUUGCCAAACUAAGGAGAUUUGUUAUAAUAAAAACAAUAAUGGUUCCAUAAAUUAAGUGUGGUAUACCAGUAUUGAUUAUGUAUAGUAUUGUGAACUUGUACUAUGCAAGUAUGUGUCCCUUUAUUGUACCCAUAAAGACUUCUGUCUGGUUGAAAGAAUAUGUUUACAAAAAUAAGUAAUUAAUGAGAAGCAAAAUAAAAUACGAAAGACAUUAUAAUGAAGAAAAAUUAUAAAUGUCACAAAGAGAUUCUGGGGAGGUCCUAAGAUGUCUCUUAGGGGCCACUACGAACUUGAUAGUAGUAUUAAGAGUUAUUCAGAGGAGAAAGAGAAAAGGCCCAUAUUGCAGUUUCUAUAAUGUCAUUACAAUGUAUUAUCAGGGCCACGAUGUUUAAAUUUGCCCUAUAGGAGUGCAAUGUUUAAAUGACAAAAAAUUUGUUUCAUAAUGUGUUUCCGUUAGAUAACCUCUAACUGGGUUGUAUGAUAGACUGAUAGAGUAGUGGGCUGUGGGUGUACAUUAUUAACCGUUGUUCUUUAUUUGAGGACUUUAUAAGUACUGCUAUGUUUCUACUAUAUUAUUCAUGAGUGGCUAAAAUGCCUUCCUAAACAAUUACGGUGUUGGCUUAAUGAUGACAAGGGACAUGAGCUUGUAUCUCGUCAAAGUGGCAAGGCUAAAUACACAGAUACUAGUCGAGUUUUGCAACAAAAGUUGCAAACUUCUAUCAAGAUUUUUACAAUUUGAAUGCUAACCCUCGCUCCCAGCAGUUAAAGAUACAUUAGGUGCUACUAGUCAUGAUAGAUGUCUGUAAAGCGGUGAACUUUAUGGUAACAAAUAUUCCCAGGCAAUUUCAAAACCUAGUCAAGUAGUAUGUUUUAAGUCUGAGUUCUUGCUGUAUCAGCUAUAGAUCUAACGGACUUCUAAGUUAUCUGUUACUAUAACUUUGUGGUGUGAUUUAGGGAUUCGUGAUAGAUUCAGAAUUUGCUCCUCUUCAUUAUUGUGAGAUUAAAUUGCAGGUACUGGCAUGCUCAACUUGAUGCCUGAACAAAAACUGAUAUGUAACCAAAGAAUAUAAAAUAAUUAUUGUAUAAUUGUUUUUCAUUAUUCACUUAUAUUUGGUAUUUGAGUAAUUUGGUGUGAGGGUUAAGGUGUUCUAUUGACACCUUUUUAAUUUUUGAGGUAUUAAAAAUGAAAAGGUUUUCACUUGGAAGGGCAAACAUACUUUGUUUACUUAAUACUACAUACUUUAUUUGAAUUAACUUAUUUUUGUUGAGCAUCUUUUUAGCACACUUGUUUGUUACAUUUUGUGUGUGUGUGUGUGUGUGUGUGUAUAUAUUUAUAUGUGUGUAUGUAUGUGUGUGUGUGUAAUAUAUAUAUAUAUAUAUAUAUAUAUAUAUAUAUAUAUAUAUAAUAAUUUUUUUUUUUUAUUAAACAAGAUCCAGUGCACUCACUUAUCCACUAAACAGCAACUGUUGACAGUUUUUUAAACACCUAAUCUAGGCAAAAAUAAUGGGGAUUUAGCUACAUUAUAUGAUCAUACAUUGCUUAAGCUUGCCACAGUGUCAAUGUACCCUAUCUUUGGCAGGCCCUACUCUAACAGCCUAAUGUCUGCUCUUAUGAGAUUAACCCGCUUACUUGGGUAAAAGAUUCCAUCUGGGCUCUUUGCAGUAAAAGGUUAAGAAUGAGACACUCUUCUGAGGCAGGAAGCGGUGCAAAACAAAGGAGUGGGCCUAGACUCCCAAAAUAUAUAAAUGUAUAUUUUUAUAUAAAUUUGUUAAACCCAGAUUUGCAUAUCACUCAAGCCGUAAGACUUGCUUUUUCCACAGAAAUCUAAACUUUGCAGUUAGUUCAAAAAAGAAUCACAUUUUUAUUACUUGGAGGAAGUUUUCUGCACACAGACUCAUAUGUUCAGUUUCAAAGAUCUAACCGACAGGUAGUUACAAAACAAUUCGUAAUAGACUGCACUCAAGAUCUGUUUAAAACAGCGUUUAUUCAUUCGUGCUUAAAAUGUGCACAUGUUAAAGUGCCAAAAUAGGUUGAUGUUUCAGUCCCAGCAUGGGACCUUUCUCAGGAUAUGUAUGUAUAUGUGUGUGUAUAUAUAUAUAUAUAUGUAUGUAUGUGUGUGUAUAUAUAUAUAUAUAUAUAUAUAUAUAUAUAUAUAUAUAUAUAUAUAUAUAUAUAUAAUGUGUGUGUGUAUAUUGUUAAACAAAAACUGCACACCAGUCAAGCCAUAGGGCUUGCUUUUCUCACAGAAAUCACAAAUCUGCAGUGAUGUUACUACAGCAAAGGAUUCUGGAUGGGCAUAUGCAAAUAAGUUUAACAAAGAAUCACAUUUUUGCCUAAUUCCAUUUUAAACAUGGAUUCCUUUAUCUGUGUUAGCUGUAUACAACAGCUUUGAAACACAACUUAGUAAAAGAUGCAAAACCAAAUGUAGGUGGAAGGGGUUUUCAAUCACAAUUUUUCCCCACCAUAACCUAUUUGAAUUUUGCUACCCAAGCACUACCAAGCCUCAAUAAGCAAACCAGUAACCAUCCUCAUGCUGACAAUUUUCAUUAACUGAGUGGUUUACUGACUUUGCAUCUUUUCCAGGGCCCUAUUUAACCUUGUACUUUAUUUUUUUUCCUUGGAAGUGGGUUAAUCUCAUAAGAGCAGACAUUAGGUUGGUCAAGUAAAACCUUCCAAAAAAUAGGGUACAUUGACGUGGCAGGCUUAUGCAAUGUAUGAUCAUAUACUGUAGCUAAAUUAUUUAUAUUUUGAUUUGUGUGCAAAUGUUGAUAUCUAUGCACGUUUCUCUAUGGAUGUGUGUGUGUGUGAUGAUCAGUAUGCAAUUGAUGUGGUUAUAUAUAAUUAUUGAUGCCUAUACUGUGUGUGCUUUUAUGUGCUUUAAAAAUAUUCCCUUGAAUGACUACUUUCAAAGCAAGUCCCUGGACUCUAAUAAACCUGUAUAUUAUGGUGUUCCAUUGCUUUUAUAAAAUUGAAUUACAAGCAAACAACUGAGCAAAUAAAGUUUAACUAAGUAAAAACUUGACUUAUGAAGUAUAUGUGGAUGUAUGUAUGACAUAGAAGUUUGUAAACCAUAUAUAAUUUUAAUUUAAAAUGAAACAGAUGUUUGCUCUGGUUACAGAUGCAGAAUUGUAUAGGAUACAUCUUGGUCUACAAUAAAUCAUUAAUCCUAAAUUGUGCUGAAAUUUGACUACCCGUGGUCAAAUUGCAGUAAAAUGUUUUGGAAUUUGGACUAUUAAUUAAUUUCCAUGCCACUUCAACAAAUGUGUGUUUUAAAUCGGCAGGCAGGAACUCUUUGCUUCUAAGGCCAUGAAUUCUGCCCCCUGCCAGUACUCAAGUACUGCGUGAGGGUUUGAGAGAGAGACACUUGGUCUCUAUCUUCCCAGCUACUCUCACAGCAUGGCAGAAAGAGGACCAAAGUAAGUUAAUGUCUGCAGCUGCUGGCCUGUAGUUUAUUUCCUCUGAAUUUCAGCAGACCCCGCCAACCAUCAAUGCACAUGGAAGAGUGGCAUCUUUUUCUGCAGCCAUCAGACCACGUUUAUUCAUACCAUUCCACGCAUUGCUGUUUUUCUUUUUGUAUUUUUUGGCCCAAGUACCUAAUUCAUCACUCGAAUGGAAAUUUAUCAGGAGAUUGAAAGUUACUAAUUGCUUGCAUACUUUAACGUUUCUAUCAGUUUUUAGUAGUAUUGUUUGUAAUUUAUACUAGUGUUAAUCUUGCCUGGUGGUUAAUUUCCUAAAAGUCCUCUAGCACGACAAUUAUUUGUGACUCCACCACCUUCUCUCUUUCUCCCCUGGUCAGCGAUGUUCUUAGAUGAAGAGUUUUGCCACUUGUGUUUUUGAGGUCAUGCUCAAUUUAUCUUUUUCAUAAUCUUAAUAAUUUAAGGCAUUUCACCUGUUGGUACAUAAAAUAAUUGUAUUUUUUCUCUCUUUCCCCCCCAAUACUUUUCCCCACAGAUUAAAUUCCAUGUUGCCUUCCUUCUCCAUGCCCUUUGAAUUGGAUUCCAUGUGGAACAGUCGCAAAUCUACUUCGUUUGAGGGCUUUUCAUCUACUGGAAGGUAUUCAACUGCUGGUAGUUUUCCUUCAGCUGGAGGGAAUUCAACUGCUGGUAGUUUUCCUUCAGCUGGAGGGAAUUCAACUGCUGGUAGUUUUCCUUCAGCUGGAGGGAAUUCAACUGCUGGUAGUUUUCCGUCAGUUGAAGGUUAUUCAACUGCUGGUAGUUUUCCGUCAACUGGAGGUUAUUCAUCUAUUGGUGGUCUUUCGUCUACUUCAGAUUACUCUUCAUCUACUUCAGGUUACUCUUCAUCUAAACCGUUUUCAUCAACCAAAGGUUAUUCGUCAUCUGGAGGUCUUUCAUCUUCAAGAGAUUAUCCUUCUAGACGUUUUUCAUCUUCUGAAAAUUAUUCAUUAGGUGGGGGUUAUUCAUCAACUACAGGUCUCUCAUCAACCAGUAGCUACUCUUCUUCCGGAAGCCUUUCGAGGGGAUCUGGAACAUUGAGUGGCUACUCUUCAUCCGAGCGCCUUUCAGGGGGAUCUGGAACAAGGAGUAGCUUACUAUGCCCUCCAUAUCUUUCAUCACGAUACAAUCAGCCAUAUGUUCGGGAAGACGUGAGGAGAUCCGAUGGUUACAGCUGUUUCAAUAGAGACUACUAGAGCAGAUUAACAUCUGUGUUGGUUAUUUCUGUUUAAAUUACUAGUCAGAGAUAAGUUGUUAGCCUUACCUCUGCCCUUCUUGUUUUCACAUAUUUCAGAAAAGCGUAUGUAGAUCUGAAAUUUUUCAUCAAAGCAGGAUUCAAUACCCUUAGCUGUUAUGGCCAUCAUUUAUCUUUAUAAAUCUCCCCCUCCCAUUUGUUUGCUAAUCCUGCAUUGGUUUGAGUGAGUUAUGGAUAUGUACAAGUGGUAAUAAUAUGUUUGUCUCUAAACUUUGUAAUGUUAGCACACAAAACAUGCAAUGUCCUCAAAAAUCUGUCUGCAUUCACAGCAUUGUGCUGUUUGAUUGUCUGACCUAUUAAGAAAACCCACCCCUUGUUAUGUUCCACCACCUUGUGUUACUGAAUUAUACUAUUUUUAUUUUUUUUGACACUAUAAAUACUGCUUGGUCUAUAUUUUGGAUAAAAUAUAAUUUGAUCUAGAAGUGGUUUCACAUUGGUUUGUCAAGUGUCUGACAUUUUUGUGAAUUAACCACUAGGUGGCCCAUAGAGUUCUGGUGGUGUAGCUAUAAACCAUAAAAGUAUAGCCCUUAUUUGAACCAGUGGCAUGUAAAGUUUUGUAUACAGCAAGUGUUUGGUGGUAGAGUGAGUAGGAUAGAUUUGGGUGGUUUGUGUUCUCUUACCAUUUAUUUUCUUUGAGAUUUUGGCAGUCUACUCGAUGAGUAUGUAAAUUUUGUUUUAUUAUUUUAUGAAUAUUUGAAAGUACCUCCAUAUUUUAACUUUUGGUCAUGCAAACUAUGAAUUACUUUUCCUGAUCUUUUUAGUGACCAUGUUUGUAGAUGAAUUAAAUUAAACCUCUGAGUUUUUUGUAUUUUUAAACAAUGUGUUAUAUUUUUUUUUUUCCACUCUGGUUUGAUCACAUGUAACUUUUAGUUUACGCUCACAAAGGGAUUCUCUUUUUGUCUUAGAUUAUGUAUCUUCUAAGUGAAUGAACGCAAGGUUAAGUAAAUACAUAACAGUAGAGAUGUCCACUACAUGCUGAAAAAGAGCAUAGCUAAAAUGUAACAACUAAUGCUAUCCCACCAAAACAUGAUUGUGUGGUUGUCUUGCAGUGACUUUUGAUAAAACAUUGGUUUGUUUUAAUGAUAAUAUCUUUCCACUGUUACUGUAAUUUGCGCUGCAAAAAUUUUACUGUAGAAUGCAUCUGUUCUCAAAUGUUUUUCAUUAGAUUUCCAUUUAAUUUUUUUGCCUUUUUAAAAAAUCCUUAUUUGUCUUUGUUUCCAUAGCUUUUUGUGAGUGAGCCAGUGGGACAGUACUAUUUUGCACCAACAUGCACAAUUUGUUUUAGACCUGCAGCGUUGUACUCUUCUUUGAAAAAGUUAUUUGUGUCUCUUUUAAACUGUCAUCAAGUCUUCACUUCUUGGAUUGUUUGUUUUUAAGUUUUACAUAUGCAUUUUUUUUUAUUUUUUUUUUAAUGAUGUUCGGAGCAAUCACAGCAACAGUCAAGUUAGGUUGAGAAGCAGUUGGUCAGAUAAUGGUAGAAUCUAACCCAACAUAGCUGCUUAGCCUGAUUUAAAAAAACCUUAAAAAGUGAGAUUUUCUAAAUGUAGAAAACUGUUUAAAAAAAAAAAACAAAGAAACUUGAAGUGAAAUUUUGAUGUUAUUUGUUGUUUUUUUUAAUUUUUUUUAUAUUAUUAUUAGUGGGGGGUUGUAAGAGAACACAAAAACUGACAUUAAAGUGCUGUGAUAGAGAGGAAAAUCUUAAUGUAAUCUAUAGUACAACCAGGGAAAUUUGUAGCACUUUAGAAAACAAAAGGGAGAUCUAAAAGAUAUUAAAUUAUAAAUUCAUUAUUGAAGUCUACAUAACUUGUCUUUAUUACAUGUUAUUUAUUUUCACUGGUAAUUUAAAAAAAAAAAAUAGAUUUUUUUGACAGUUUUCCUUUAAGGGGGCUGUUGCAUUCUGAUACCAUAAAUAAACUCCCCUGAGUGAAAUUAAACGAGUUCUCUGUUUUCCUAGGAUGCUAAAAUAAUUUUCAUGAUUGCAGUAAAAAGGCUUGAUUUUGUAUGCAAUUACCUGCUCCGGUGAUGGAACCUCAGAGAAAGUUUCUGUCGUUAAAUAACCCUUAUGUUUACAUAACCUGCUUGUGCUUAUUCCCUUUGAACAGAGUAGUAUGUUGCCCAAGAUAACAGAGUGCCUGAAUUAGAAAAUAAUUCAGGUCCUGUUGCCCAUGAAACUAAUUUGAAGUGCUCUCACACCUGUUCAGUAGUAGCAGCUGCGGCUCUCGAUCGGGGUUGGUGCAUUCUCUGGAAUGGAGUGGGUAUUGAUGUUUUCAUGUGCUUUAUCCGACUCCAGUGCCCUGGUAGUACACAGUUUGUAUCUAGGUCUAAUUUUUAUGUUCACCUGUUCUAUACAGUUUUCUGCAUUUCUUUUAUUGCUCUGUAUAAUGAGGCAGGCUAGAAGACAUAUUUACUAAACACAUCCGUACAUCACCUUGCAAAUUAAUAUCAUUCAUGAAGUAAGCAAAACCAGCUGUACUAUAUCAUUUCCAUGUGCAUUCCGCCUGUACAAAAUGUUUGUGUUCGUAAAUUAAACAUAAACGUGCUUUAGGUUUAAGUUUUUUUUCCCUUUCUUUAAUGAAAGUGUUUGCUUGUUUUUUCAUUAAAAAUACGCAUAAUUUAAGUUGUCCCCCCAAAAAAAAAUUUAAACAAAUUUAAACCUUUCACAACAGAAGACCUCCCUAUAUAGCCAUGAUACAGUAAUUUGGACUAAAAUCUUGUCAUUAAGCUGUUUAAGUGGUAGUUUUAAAAUAUAUAUAUAUAUAUAUAUAUAUAUAUAUAUAUAUAUAUAUAUAUAUAUAUAUAUAUAUAUAUAUAUAUAUAUAUAAUGACAGCAGUGCUUAAGCAUAUGUUUAGUCUGUAAAACAGAAACGUUUAUAAUAUCCAUGUUAAGUUCCGGGACUCAACAGUUUUUUGCUUUUAAUUCUUUGAAGAAUGUAUUUUAGAGUUGCCAUGUUUUUUUUUGUUGUUGUUUUUUAAUUUUCUGAUAAGCAGCCAUUGAAACCAAACACUUCUUUUACUGACCCAUAAUGCUCUGCAACUCCCAUUUGUUUUACCCUAAAAUGAUUGAUUCCAUGCUUUAAAGGUUUAAACGAACCUUUUUCAGAACAAACCCACGUGAACUUUUCUGAAUGUGCUAUAUCAUAUAAAGGCUGUUUAAAGCACAACAGGACACUCUAGAAUUAAUUGUCCGGAGGUAACAAUCCAUCUUAUUGUGUCCUGCCAUACCUUAUGUAUGUAGAAUAAAGCCAGCAUUUCACCACAUUAAGCAGUGUCUUUUGUUAAUUAUUACAGAAUCUAUAUAGUGUUAGUGGGAUCCUCAGUCCUUUUCCUGCAAUAUCAAGGUAAUUGGGUAACCAAAGGGCUUCUAAGUCUAAUGGUGACCUCUUCAUAAUAACCACGAUACCUCCCUUUUUUAUUAUACAAUCAUGUCAACAGAAAUGCCUGCUCGUCUGUAUUAAAACAUACAUUGUGGAUGUUUGGUAAUUGUCACCCUCGCCGGUGGUAGUCACAUAGACUUACAUGAUUCUCCAACAAUAUUUUUUUGUUUGGUUAUAGCCUUUUCCAAAGAUUGAUAAUUUGAACUCUACCUAAGUUAGAAGUCAGUGUUUUUAUUGCAGUAUUAAAGUGUAC